GUGCGCGGGCGGCGGGGGCGCUCCCGGCGCUCCUUCAUCCCCGCGGCUGUCCGUGCAUCCCUGCCAGCCGCUCCGCCGGGAUGUUCUCCAGGAAGAGCCACGCCGAUGUCAGGAAAUCCACGCAGAAGGCGCUGGACCCCAGGCGGGACGUGCUGACCCGCCUCAAGCACCUCCGCGCGCUGCUGGAUAUUGUAGAUGGAAGUGACCUGAAGCAAUUUUUUGACAACAAUUAUUCUCAAAUUUAUUUUAUAUUCUAUGAAAACUUCAUAACACUGGAAAAUAGCUUGAAACAAAAAGGGAAUAAAUCACAAAGGGAGGAGCUGGACUCCAUCCUCUUUCUUUUUGAAAAAAUAUUGCAGCUACUACCUGAGAGGAUUUUUUAUCGAUGGCAUUUUCGCAGUAUAGGGUCGAUUCUGAAGAAGCUUUUGCACACUGGAAAUUCUCUCAAGCUUAGAUGUGAAGGAAUCCGCCUSUUCCUGCUGUGGCUUCAAGCCCUGCAGACCAACUGUGCUGAGGAGCAGAUUCUGAUGUUUGCCUGCCUAGUGCCCGGCUUCCCCCCGCUGCCGUCCUCACGCGGGCCCUGCACCCUGGAGAGCCUGGUCAGCCCUCCUGCUGCACCCGACGCCAAGAUUUUUCCGGAAGAAAUAACACCGCUUUUGCCAGCUGUCUCUGGAGAGAAAAUUGCAGAAGACCAAACCUGCUAUUUUCUCCAGCUCCUGUUAAAGUAUAUGGUAAUUCAGGCUGCAAGCUUAGAGUGGAAGAACAAGGAGAACCAAGACACUGGGUUUAAAUUUCUCUUUACUUUGUUCAGAAAAUACUAUCUUCCGCACUUGUUUCCAUCUUUUACAAAGCUAACCAACCUCUACAAACCUGUGCUUGACAUCCCCGAUAUCAGGCCGAGGCCAGUCUAUGUCACUGCAACACGGAACAAUGAAAGUGUCUAUUGCACAAAAAUCCCCUACAUGGCAGCUAGAGUUGUUUUUAUCAAGUGGCUUGUUACCUUUUUCCUUGAAAAGAAGUAUUUAACUGCUGUUCAGAAUGCAAAAAAUGGAGGAGAAAUGCUCCCUAAAAUUAUUCAGACUGUCAGCGUGAGCCAGGAUAAGARUGCUGAGCUGGAGAGUGGCGCAGCACCCGCAGGUGAGCAGGACAGGAGCCACUCCAACAGCAGCACCCUGUCUGACAGGAGGCUCAGCAACUCCAGCCUCUGCAGCAUCGAGGAGCAGCACCGCAGCGUMUACGAGAUGGUGCAGAGGAUCUUCCUCUCCACGCGGGGAUACGUGAACUUUGUCAAUGAGGUGUUCCGGCAGGCUUUUUUGUUGCCACCUUCUGAUAUAUCUGCAACACGGAAGGUGGUUAAGGUGUAUCAGAAGUGGAUACUGCAAGAGAAACCCGUGUUCAUGGAGGAGCCAGAUAAAAAGGAGGACAGUCAGGAUGCUGUUGUUCCCCUGGAAGACUCCUCAGUGCAAACAGAUGGUAAACAUCUUUCCUCAGAACUCUCYGGACACAAGCGCUCCUCCAGCUGGGGCAGGACCUACUCCUUCACCAGUGCUGUCAGCAGGGGCUGUGUGCUGGAAGAUGAGGACAGGGAUGUGAAAGCUGGUGUUCAGGCUGCCCUGCAGGUAUUCCUGACAAAUUCAGCAAAUGUUUUCCUGUUGGAGCCGUGCACUGAGGUCCCUGUGCUGCUGAAGGAGCAAGUGGAUGCUUGCAAAGCYGUUCUCAGUAUCUUCAGGCGCAUGAUAAUGGAGCUGUCAAUGAAUAGAAAGACAUGGGAACAGAUGCUGCAGAUACUCCUCAGAAUAACAGAAGCUGUGAUGCAGAAGCCGAAAGAGAACCAGACAAAGGACACAUUUGCUCAGAGCAUGGCAGGGCUGCUGUUCCGAACCCUCAUUGUGGCUUGGAUCAGAGCAAACCUGAGCGUUUAUAUCUCUCGGGAGCUGUGGGAUGAGCUGCUCAGUGUCCUGUCCUCCCUGACGGACUGGGAGGAGCUCAUCAAUGAGUGGGCCAACAUCAUGGACUCCCUGACUGCAGUGCUGGCCAGGACCGUGUAUGGUGUGGAGAUGACAAACCUGCCCCUGGAUAAGCUCAGUGAACAGAAAGAAAAAAAGCAGAGAGGCAAAGGUGGUGUUUUAGAGCCUCAGAAAACAGCUGUAGUGGGAAGAUCUUUUUCAUUAAGCUGGAAAAGUCAUCCUGAAGUUGUGGAGCCAAUGAGAUUCAGAAGUGCUACAACCUCUGGGGCCCCGGGAGUGGAGAAAGCAAGAAACAUUGUCCGUCAGAGGGCCACAGAAGUUGAAGAAUCUCAACAGCUGGAAAAUUCAGAAGGAACAGAAGCAGCAGGCCCAUUUGCAGACCAAGAGCAGCAGCUAGCUCGAAGUAGCAGCACUUCAGAUAUUGCAGAUCAGACUCCAUCUGAUUUUUUUCAAGGUAAAAAGGCUGGAAAUUCAACUUCAGACUCCAAAUCAGUUCAGGAAAAUAGGGGAUGUGCAAAGGAGCAUGAAGUGGAGCAAGUGCUAAUGCAGAGGAGCAGUAGUAUAAUUGAGCUAGAUCUGAAAGCAGACUUGCAGCAAUCACAUGGAUAUUACAGAGAGAGAGAAAAAAGUGAGAGUGUGAGCAGUGACACAUCCCUGGGCUGUGGGGCCGACAUGGACAUCACGCUGGUGGCCUGGCAGGCAGCUGAGGACGACCCCGAGGCCGGAGCAGCCACAGGAAUGUGUGUGGAUCCUGCAGCUCCACGCUGGCUCCAGCUCAGUCCCUCACAGGAGCCCGCCAACCUCACAGACAGUAGUGAGUUCCUGGCUGAYGAUUGCAGUAUAAUUGCUGGUGGAAACCUUAUUGGUUGGCAUCCUGAUUCUGCUGCUGUGUUAUGGAGGAGGAUCCUGGGAAUUCUUGGAGAUGUGAACAAUAUACAGUCACCUAAAAUCCAUGCAAAAGUUUUUUGCUACCUGUAUGAACUGUGGUAUAAACUUGCAAAGAUCCGGGACAACCUYGCUAUCAGCGUGGACAAUCAGUCAACCCCCUCUCCUCCUGUCCUCAUCCCACCUCUCAGGAUCUUUGCAUCAUGGUUGUUUAAGGCAGCCAUGCUGCCCAGCGAGUACAAGGAGGGGAAGCUGCAGGCGUUCAGGCUGCUCUGUGCCAUGAUGAGCCGGCGCCAGGACCUGCUGCCCAACUCCGACUUCCUGGUGCACUUCUAUUUCGUGAUGCGCCUGGGCCUGACAAGCGAAGACCAGGACAUCUUGAACACCGUCAUAAAGCACUGCCCACCAUGGUUCUUCUUCCUGGGUCUGCCUGGCUUCACAAUGCUGAUCGGAGACUUCCUUGGGGCAGCCGURCGGGUGCUGAGCACGGACAUGCCAGAGGCCCCCCGUUCUGAAGCUCACACCAUCCUUGGCGCUCUUGUGUGCUUUCCAAAUACCUACCAAGGAAUUUCACGGCUGGGACCCAUUUCRGAAGCCAGUGAGAGCAUCACAGGAACUGCAGAUGUGAAGUAUUGYCUCAUAAAUAUUUUAUUGAAGAAUGCUACAGAGGAGCCAAGUGAAACUGCAAGAUGCAUAGCCAUCUGCGGCCUCGGAGUGUGGAUAUGUGAGGAGCUCACACAGGGCACCAACCACCCCCACGUGAAGAAAGCCAUCAAUGUCAUAGGUGUGACACUGAAGUUGUCCAACAAGCUGGUAGCUCAGGUAGCCUGUGAUGUCCUUCAGCUACUGGUGUCUUACUGGCAGAAGCUUCAGGAGUACGAACCCUCCCUGUGCCGGAAAAUUACUGAAAUCCUUGUGGCCACCAUUGCAUUUCUCCUGCCAAGUGCUGAAUACUCUUCCGUGGAAGCAGAUAAGAAGUUUAUAGUUUCACUGCUGCUUUGCUUGCUGGACUGGUGCAUGGCACUGCCCAUGAAGGUGCUGCUGGAGCCUUUGUCUGCUGGUGCUGUGGAGGAUCAUCAACAUGCAUCCAGAGCUCCCUUGCUGGAUUAUAUUUACAGAGUCCUGCACUGCUGCGUCAAUGGCUCCAGCACCUACACGCAGCAAAGCCACUAUGUGCUGAGCUUGGCCGACCUCUCCUCCUGUGACUAUGACCCCUUUCUGCCACUGGGGAACGUCAGGAGCUCGGAGCCAGCCCAAUGCCCCUCCUCUACCGAUUUGGGCAAUCUGCUCACUGUUGCUGAAGAGAAGAGGAGGAGAAAUUUGGAACUGAUCCCUCUAACAGCAAGGAUGGUUAUGACUCAUCUGGUGAAUCACCUGAGCCACUACCCRCUCAGUGGAGGCCCUGCCAUCCUCCACAGUCUCCUUAGCGAGAACCAUGACAACUCCUACGUGGAGUCCUCUGAGCUGUCCUCRGAAGUGUUCCGGAGCCCCAACCUGCAGCUGUUUGUGUUUAAUGACAGCACUCUCAUAUCUUACCUCCAAAUCCCUGCAGAGAGGAAGGCGGGCAUUGAGCCAGCAGCGGCCCCCUCGGACGUGCGGGUGAUUGUCAGGGAUAUCUCAGGGAAGUACUCUUGGGAUGGCCGGAUACUGUAUGGGCCUCUGGAGGGCUGCCUUCCGCAGCGCAGUACGGCCAGCGCCUUUGUCAUCUCCAGCGRUCCGGACCAGCACUUCUCCCAGAACGACAUAUCUCAGGUGGAGGAAGGAGAAGAUGCUCUGGACCAGCUGCUGGAGAGGAUUGGGAACACCAGCCCCGAGUGCCUUCUGCACCCCCAGCGCAAGCUGAAUGAGCCGUCACCGCCGCCCUGCGGCAUGAGCCCCGAGCAGGAGCGUGCCAUCACCGAGGCUCUGAUGAGGCAGAGUGCCCAGGAAAGAGAGUUCAUUCUGAAUUGCAGCUCGGACUGCAGCAUGAGGGUGGCCCGCCAGGAGCCACCACGUCCUGCUGAACCUCAAGCCUCCUUUUAUUUCUGUCGGCUGCUGCUGAAUGACUUGGGAAUGAACUCCUGGGAUAGAAGAAAAAGCUUUCAUCUGCUUAAGAAAAAUUCAAAAUUGCUGCGAGAACUGAAAAACCUGGAUUCCCGCCAAUGUCGUGAAACUCACAAGAUUGCCGUGUUCUACAUCGCUGAGGGACAGGAGGACAAGUGUUCCAUCCUGGCUAAUGCAAGGGGAAGCCAGGCAUAUGAAGAUUUUGUGGCUGGACUGGGCUGGGAGGUUGACCUUUCCACACACGGCGGAUUCAUGGGUGGCCUGCAGCGCAAUGGCAGCACGGGGCAAACUGCACCUUACUAYGCUACCUCCACCGUGGAGAUCAUCUACCACGUGUCCACUAGGAUGCCCUCGGACUCGGACGACUCACUGACCAAAAAGCUCCGUCACUUGGGAAAUGAUGAGGUUCACAUCGUGUGGUCUGAGCACACCCGCAACUACCGCAGGGGCAUCAUCCCCACUGACUUCGGGGACGUCCUCAUCGUCAUCUACCCCAUGAAGAAUCACAUGUUCUUCAUAGAGAUCAUGAAGAAACCCGAGGUGCCAUUUUUCGGUCCUCUCUUCGAUGGCGCCAUCGUGACUGCAAAGCUGCUGCCGAGCCUGAUCUGUGCCACGUGCAUCAAUGCCAGCAGAGCCGUCAAGUCCCUCAUCCCACUCUACCAGAGCUUCUACGAGGAGAGAGCUCUGUAUCUCGAAGCCAUCAUCCAGAACCACAAAGAAGUGAUGACAUUUGAGGAUUUUGCCGCUCAGGUCUUUUCUCCCUCUCCCAGCUACUCCCUCGGUGGAACUGGUGAGUCUCUGCACRUUAUUCUUCUCUGUAGCCCCAAGAAGCACUUGAGCAGCAGAUGUACACCUGUUUUUUGUAGAUAAAUGCUUGCAAAUUUAAGAAGACUAUUCUUCCCCUGAAUCAACUAAUGAAUAUCAAAAGCAAUGAUGACAUUCAUUUUAAUUUGUUUUGCAUCAGAGCUAUUCAYACUGCUCCUUUCUUCAGCUAUCCUGUUAACCCCCAACUCCGGCGAGGUUAAUGAACUUUCUCGCAGUGAUGGGCUCCAGCUCAUUCAGGACUCCGGGUUCUUGCUGAGCUGGGAAUAUGUUGUUCAAAAGCGAGGCCUGAAUCGGGGCUCACUUAUCAAAAAUAGUUGCUCGCAGGGGAAGCUGCUGCAAAUGCUAAAUGGGGAUUAUGCUGCCGAGCUACYAGGGUCAGGGAUUAAUGCACAAGAAACGCAGGAACGGGGUGCUGUUAGGGAAUCGCAGCGGCGUGYGGGAUGCGGGCACAUCCCUUCAAUGCAGGCAGGCACAUUGCAGGCUGCCCUGCAGCACCUGGCCUGGAGCCUCUGYGGGGUUUGUAAUGGGGGUGUGGGUAUAUGUGGGGUGUGUGUGUGCACAUCAGUGCUCAUCAGUCAUCGGCCUGCUGAGAGGUGACAGCAUUGUGCCGAACUCCGGGAAUUUGUUCCUCGCRUGCCUUGUGGAGGGUUAAGUUAGUGUGCAGUCACAAUCGCUGUCCAGCCCGCUUGAUUGAGUUUAAGUGAACCUCUCCUGAAAGGGAGCUUUGGCUCUGAAAUGCACAWUUCUAGUGCCCUCAAAAUACUUUUUUUUUUCCAGCAUCCAGUAAGUGUCUGGUCACCAUGUGCUGGACUCUCUAACACAGAUUGCUUAAUCCAUCGUUGAUACUACUAGGGUGACACUGGCACUUUCUAAUCAUUCCCUGCUCCUCUUUUGGAUUGUUGAAUAGAUUAUUUUCAACCUGUAUAAAYGUUGCAGGACAUCUGCUCUAUUUCUCUUUAGCCUGACUUGUUAGCAGAUAUCUUCCAUCUAAACUGAAACACUGAAGGAAGAAAUUAAAUUUGCUCAAAUAAGUCACUUAGGAAUAAAACCAGCAGUGCAGCAUUGUCUAGCAUUGCUGGCUCUGAUCCUGGCGUGCUCAGAGCUUUGUGAGGAGAUAAGAGGCCUGUGCUGGCCGGGCAGUGGUGGCCAGGAGCAGCAGGCAGAAGGCUUUGGAGAUAAGCGCUGGCAGGAGGGGAGGAAGCUGGGGCCAUUUACAUAAUCGCGCCUCUGCGUCCUGGAGAGGCGUCAGGGAACGCGGGAUGGAUCUAUUGAUCUCUGCUGAACUGGAAUACUAAACAACGCUAGGAAAGCUUAUAACUUAAAGCUUUGAUUAAUGUUUCCUACAUUAAAAAGUAGAACAGCUGUGCAUUAAAUUCUUUUAUACACUCUGCCAAAAGUCUGAGACAAAAAAAUCACCCAUUUCAAUAGGACCGCAGCGCGUGCCCAGGGUUGGUUGAUAGCACUUGAAUUGUUUUUCUGUCGACGUAUCAGCAAAUAGAAACGUGGAUAUUUUAAAUGUUUUGCUCUGUGCAUAGUUGUGUUUUAUUUUUGCGUUGUUCUUUUUCAUGUUGUUGUGUCAAAUGUGGUUAGACAGGGCAGACUCCUCAGCAGCCCCACUUUCUGAAGGAUAAACUGUGUAUGCCAAACAUAGUUAAAAAUGUUUCCUAGUAACUGAGCAUUUCAGAACACUGUUAAAUCACAAGUACCCGGGUAUGAUUUCAUUAUUUUAAUUGUUUUUAAGUGCAAAGCCUGCCCCAGUCAGGUCCAAAUUUUCAUACUUCUGAGCCUCAGAAUUAAUUUCUCGCUCACAAACUGGAGGCCAGCCAUGACUUCUGGUGUCAGAAUCUCCGCUUCAGAGAGUCUUCUCACAUUACCUGCUGAUUCUCUUGCAUAUUUAGUCAGUGAUGAGCAAGGGCAGUGUCAGCUGUGGCCAUGGGGAUAUGUUUUCCAUCAGAUGCCCCUUAGCAGUCAGCAGGGAGGCUGGAUGCAGUCCUGGCAGCUCUGCUCUUCCCUGGCCAGGCCUGCUCAGGCAUAGAUCCACCUGUCCUGCACCUGCAGGAAUCACCUUGCUGCCACUUAGGAAUACAGAGGGCAUUUUUCUAUUCUGAAACAGCAAAAAUGAAUCGGGGAACAGUAAAUAAAAAGAAGCGUUUUUCCUGAAGGAGUGGUCAGGCACUGGCACGGGCUGCCCAGGGAGGCACUGGGGUCCCCAUAUCUGGAAGUGUUCAGGAGGCAUCAGGACAUGGUUUUGGGGUAAUGUUGGUGAUGCUGGGUUGGCCACUGGGCUUGUUGAGGUCUUCCAGCCUUGAUGACUCUGUGGGACGCAUGGAGAUGGCACAGGUGACAAGCCAGCUGAURCUGCUAACCCUGCUGAACAUAAACUGCUCAGAUAAAUUUAAAAUUAAUUCUCAUCUGAUCUGAUUCUUACAAUGCCCCUCAGGUAUGAUCCUGUCACUCUGUGAACACAUGUGCAGCAGAUAGGGUCAGGGAGUAAGGCUGCUGCUUAUCUAAGUGCAGUUUGUUCUCAGGAGUUAACAUAGUGUAAGGAAAAAUCAGGAAUAUUAAAGGAAUCAAACAGCUCUCAGUGACACAUUACCAGGGUAUCGCUGAUCURUGAUAUAAUUAUUGGAACUGGAUGUUCUUGUGUUUUCUGAUGCUGCCCCUCGGGAUGCAUCCCCAGACUCGAGUGAGAGGUGGCUUAGUCUCCCUGUCACCAGUCCUGCAGGUGCUACAUUUUCUGCAGGAAGAUUGUCCAGUUGAUCUCCUUUGCUGUUUCCAGGAGCAGAGCCUUAAACUCCCUGUACAGAUCAUAGAUAGCCCCGAUAUCUUCAGUGUUGAAAGUGCAGCCGYGUAGGCAGAAUGGCCAUCCCCGAACUCAGUUAGGGGAUGUGCAGAUUAGGAACAAAAGCUGGGAAUAGGGCCCUUUGUUGUUAAACUGGUGCAUUACAUGCUGUAUUUUAAUUAGGCRGGGUUUGAGAGGCAGCCCAGGAAAUCCUCCAUAAUCCAACACUAUUGAAUUAUUUUCAUCCUUUCCCUCUGAAGAUUUCUCUCCUUUUAGUGGACGGGCUUUAAGCUGCUGUUCUUGCUCCCUCAGCCAAAACCAGAAACAGUCAUUCAACAAUAUAUUUGUGUGUUCUUUAAAAAAAUUGGUGAGGCUGAAGUGGGCAGAACAGUGCCCUGACUUCAGCUGCCUCUGUGGCUCAUGUUCCUUGGGGCUUGGAGCYGUUUUCUUGUAAGAUCAGCAGCCAAAAGCACGGUGUUAACCUUAGGAAGUUGAAGGGGCCAGAGACACCAGGAUAACUCCCAAGUCAGAGCUUUCCCACCACAAGCAUUCUGUCCGAGGGGUUUGUGCUCGUCAGGGCAGGUUCCCGCUUUCCAGGGAACCCCCGAGCUCAGCGCUGCCACCGGCGCCUCAGGAGUUAAUGGGAACGGGCACACUUGACUGCUGAGAGGACUGAUCUAAUCACUGCCAUAUCCAAGUGCAUCUGUUCACCAUGAGGUCAUUCUUGUGCAUGCUAAUGACUUGGAAAAUAAAGCACAAUACUCAACGUUAUCAGGGAGGAUAUAGUGUAAAUCUUGGCUUUUUUAGUUGCUAAUGGAUAGUGUGGAAUGGGCAGGGAAAGCAUCUCAGAUUCUUUCCAGCUUAAUGUUUUUAAAGCAUCCUUUUCAGUGGAGCAUCAGAAAAACUGUGCUGGAAAACUUGGACAUGUGGUAUCUGUUGAUAAAUGGAUUCUUUAAUGAAUAUUAUGACAUUGCCCAGGAGCAACACUUGAGUCGAGGAACUAUAGAGGUUUUCAGCAUUCCCUGGUUUUAAAGCCUCAGGAGCUAUGCUUGCUGAUUUACAUAAACCCGAGAUUUUGCAGCCUUUUUGUUGCAAAGGUGACACAUGCUUUUCUUUUGUCUCUGGACUUUUACAUGUGUAAAGUUCUUGUAKAAAAUAUUUGAAUGUACAGAGAACAAGAUCUGGUUUGCUUUAAACCACUUUUUGUUAAGUACUGAGCUUUAUCUUUCCCACUUUAAAGCAAAAGGAUUAUUUGAAUUGGACAUGUAGAUUUAAAAUUUAUUUUCGGCAGAAACAGAACCAAACCCAGAGUAACUGGUGUCUUAAGAAGGACUGAUACUCUUUGUAAUGGUAACUGAGCCAAGGAUUCCUUCAGCUUCAGUUUGGUUGGUUU